AUGCUGCUGAUGUCAAAGAGAAGGCGUAGGGUCAACCUUUUUAGAUUUAGGAGAGAAAAAAAUUAUGGAUUUAUAAACACAUGCCUGAAGUCUCUGGUGGUUGAAAAAUAUGGUGAAGAAAUAUGGGAAAAUUUAAGAAUCCAAACUGGAGUACAGGAUACUUUUUUUACUUUUGAAGUUUAUAAAGAUGAAAUCACAAUGCAACUAAUUGACACGGCAUGCCAAAUGUUAGAUGUUUCCCCAGAUAUGGUUCUGAAACAAUUUGGAGAAUAUUUCUUUGAAUUCUGUAAACAGUCAGGUUAUGACCAUAUGCUGAGAACGCUGGGAGGAAAUCUGUAUGAAUUUAUAGAAAACCUGGAUGCAUUACACAGUUACCUCAGUCUGUCUUACCAGAAGAUGAACGCUCCUUCCUUUAGGGUAGAAAAGAAUGAAGAUGGGUCAAUGUAUUUACAUUAUUAUUCAGACAGAAGAGGCUUAUGCCACAUAGUUCCAGGAAUCAUUGGUGCAGCAGCUUUGGACUUUUUCAAUACUGAAAUUUCAAUGGAAAUUGUCAAUCAGACAGAAGAAGAAGAAAGAACAGGAAAAAAAGAACACAUUGUAUUUCUUGUAACACAAAAACCUGUAUUUUCCUACAAAAGAAGAAACAAGUUCUCUUCCUCACAUUUCCUUCCAAAUUCUGGGUCUCAGGCAGAAAGAAGACUGAAUAAAGAGGAACUUGAAAGAACCAUGAAUAAGAUCAGAGAUAAAACAAGUGCCAAAAGGAGCCACUGGGAAACAAUCAGAGGAAUUGUGACAAUAGGAAAAG